CGCACACUUUUUGCUAUUGCGCUUCUUAGUUGCCAUACUUGCAAUGUUCCCUAUCACCUGGUCUUUCUAAUCUGGUUCCUAGUCUACAUAUGAGAACUUGUGUGACAUUAUGAGAUUAACCGUAACAAUAUUGAAAUUGGAUGGUCUGACACAGAUGGAUACAAGCUGAUGAGAACACUAGUAUCACAGUCACCGCACAACUUGAAGCACAAGGUGGUCCUUCUUCUUAUGUUGUAGCGUAUGCCAGCUUGAAAUAUUUAUGUGUGGUACUAUAUCGAGUGCCAGUUAAAUACCCUCACAAUCACCCAAAAUAUACAACAUCAUACAAACGGUGUACUUCCUGCCAACCAGCGCGGACCACAGCCGCACCAAGUUUAUUUCUGUCACGUUUGAAAGAGCGCCCAAUUGAUCAGACCAUGUCUAAUUGGCGCGGAUGGUCUCGCUGGCCGUAGUUGAUUAAUCAUCGCCCAACGAUGUAUAUCAAGGGCUGCUGUCGACCAACAGCGUCGGCUGCCGCCCUAUCCCGUUACAGACGCACAAUACCUGCUCACCUGGCGGGCACAGACACGCGUCCCGGCAAGGUGGGAACAGGUGAGCACGGCUGGCCAGGCUUCCGGUAGUCAAAAGAAUGUACGGCUACCAUUGUGACUAUGAAGUAAUAGAUAUAAUCUGUAGUAAACCAUGGAUAAGAAUCAGUUUCACUUACCCAUAGAUCAUCACAGAAAGCAUAAUCACACCCUGAUACAUACCGAAUUAGACGAAAGAAAAGUUAUGAUACCUGAGGUACAUUCCUACGUUAAGCAGCUAUUGAAAACGUACACACACCGGUGACACAAUGCGACAAUAUCAGUUUCCCCUCGAGUUUGAGACGAGAGUGACAAUUAAAAACGAUAACGUAGUCUCCUUUCCGAUCAAAUAUAUCUCAGGAUAGCUGCUGGCCACCCGUGCCUUCCACCGGGAUAUAAAGACCCAGUGAGUAGCUCGAGCUCAUUCCGCCACCGCGGGGUUUCAGCCGUCCCGACGAGCCCCAUUACCGAGGGGCACGUGUCCAUUGCGUCCGUGGGGCAGUGACGUGCAAAUGUGAUAGUUUAUAUAGCUGGUUGUGCCUCUUGUCCACAAUCAAUAGCCCGCAGGGCUGCGGCUCGGAGCUGUGUUGAAAAGAUCCACCUGUGACUUGCUCGAUUGACAAGCGUGAAUACGGCGGAGGUGAGAUUUGGGGUGCCCAGAUGCUUGACAGUGGUCCUCCGGCGCUCGUUGUGUGUUUGAAGAACUCCGCAGAGGAAACUAUCAUCAUCAACGUUGUGAAAAAGUACAGAGGACUAUAUCGUGACGAAGGGAUCAUCGGUGUUGGUGAGCCCACCAUGCAGGCACAGUCCCCACCGCGCCGCCCGUCCUUCCUCAUCGAGGACAUUCUGCGAACGGAGCCGCCGCGCGGACACAGCCUGCCCCUGCCCAAGCCCAGCCUCACCGGCGGUGCUCAGGAGCAGAAGUUCGGGCUGUGUAGCAUCCUGGCCCCGACACCACGCCACCCGUGUUUUCAGACGCAGACGUCAGUUGCAGAUUUCCUGCUCCAUUACCACCAUCACCACCACCACCAGUCUGCCGCGCCGUUCUCCGUCCCCUUGCCCGUGCCGGUCUACCUGCGCAGCAAGCAGGACCCCGCUCCGGAGGGCGGCGGGGUCAGAGUCAAGAAGUGCCGCCGGAGCCGCACGGUCUUCACGGAGCUGCAGCUGCUGGGCCUGGAGAAGAGGUUCGAGAAGCAGAAGUACCUCUCCACGCCGGACAGGGUGGAGCUGGCGGAGUCGCUGGGCCUGAGCCAGCUGCAGGUCAAAACCUGGUACCAAAACAGGCGGAUGAAGUGGAAAAAGAUGGUCCUUCAGGGCGGUGGACAGGAGUCCCCCACCAAGCCGAAGGGUCGGCCGAGGAAAGAGCAGAAUGACUACAUGAAGGAUGGAGAAGAACAGGAAGUCUCUACAACCUCCCCGAGUGCGUCACUUCCGGUUUCCUCCAGCCCAGCGUCAUCGCCAUCACCGAGUCCUUCCACUCAGCCCGUGACAUCAUCAGAUCCAAGGGAGCAUGCGCAAAAACUCAUAGCAAAUGACAUGGAGUAAUUGUGUCGUGCCACAAAGUAACUCGGACAAUGCCAUACACCUCGUCGGACGGAAUAGUGCCGACACAGAAAACUGUCGAAUCUCCGUCGUUACCUUUUGUGAUAAUGGCCCCUGGUUUCUUGCAUUAUUUUCCAGACCGUCAUUUACGCUACUGUACAUAUGAACCGAUCUGGGAGUACCUGUCCUAAUCGGAACACGCGCGUGGAUUCUGACAAACUUGUGGUCGAUUUAUGGGUUGUUCCGACAAGUGCAAUAGGAAUGCGGCGUCAGAAACACCCAGUCGCCUUAGCCCACACGAGCACACAAUGAUCGACGAAAGGUAAAUUACUAGUAGUAUCAAAAUAAUUCUCUGACGGAGGAGUAUCGAACCACAGUCAGUGUCCGGGGACACAAUCUCCACAGUCGGGACAGUAGCCGCACAGAAAACAACUUCUGACUGUAGAAGCAAAGAUCAUACAGAGUUUGUAACCGAUAGCCAAAAGUGAGAAAUCUUAGUGCCUAUAUCAUCAUCUAACGAUGGACUGUGUAAAUAGAUGAUUAGGGAGCUGUAGAUGUUUUGAUAAAUGAACAUGUAAGAAUAGAAUAUUUUGUCAGCCGAAGUUAAUUGGUUGCUCUCCAAGUGAUCUCCGAGCUUUUGCCUCGUGUAAGUACUAGUAUCCUGACGCCACUCAUCAGAUAUUGUGGAUAUAGGAUGUAGAACCUAGUUCUCUGGGGAACAGUGAGAUGCGCUAUGUGCCUUAAUGUUUUUUUCCAUUUUCAAAAGUGUGUUUAAGUUCAAGCGUUUUAAUUGAACUAACACUGAACCAUGUGCUCUUAACGGUCCCGAAUCAUGAAGUUCUUUUCUUUUUUAAACUAGACCUACCUACGUACCAAAUAUCAUGACAAUCCAUCCAUAGCUUCUUAUUAUAGACUUAUAUAUCAAGUUAUCCUGGCCAAAAUCAUCUGGAAGAACAGACGCAGACACAUGCACAGGCAACGCCCAAAACAAUACAUCCAUUUUUCA